AUGUUUGCCGCCGCCGCCGCCGCCUCCUCUUCACUAGCGACCUGGCAACGGCAGCAGCAGCGGCGGUUCCUUCCGCAGCGGCGGCCCCACAGCAGCGGCGGCGGCGGCGGCGGCGCCCCCUCCCCUCACACUCAGACACGGCGAGCCGCGGCGGCGGGCGGGGCGGCGUGGGCACUGCUGCCGCCGCCUCCUCAGGAGCACCCGGCGAAGGGCGACCGGGGAGAAGCCCUCGCGCUUUCGUCGGUGCUGCUGCUGGUGCUACCGCCACUGCCGCCGCCGCCGGGAAUUACACGGGCUCCUCGGUCCCCGGCUGCAGCUCUUGUUGCCAUGAUGAUGAUGUCACGGACAGUAGUUGGGGGAGGGGACACGGCGGGAAAGGGAGGGAGCGGGGCGGGCACCCGAGCGGGACACCCACGCGGGGGGCCGAGUAGGUGUUUUCUCCCCCCGCCCCCGGACACGCCGCGAGGGCGGAGGCUGCAGGAGAGCCGGGCCCGCGCUGGGCACGGGGAAUCGAUGACUCGGCCGGUGGGCACGGCCACCUGGGGCGGGAUUGGCCGGAGCCGCGGCGAUCGCGCUCGCCUCACCGACCGCCAUUUCACAUCCUGCAGAGAAGGCGGGGGCAGCCGCGGAAACGGCCUUUUACAAGUUGCUGACGUUUUGGAAGAACAUCUUUUUCUGAUCAUAAAUGCGCUCAGCUAUCGAGGCCAGCCGGGGGCUCAGCUCGUGCACCUUCACUCUGGGGCCCAGGCUGCCUGGAGAAGCCCCAUGUGGAGCACGGCUGAUGUCUGCAGGAGAGAGAGGAGACAGAGCAGUGAACUCCGCACUGGCUUCCUCCUGAAAGCCACACAUGGCCCUCCCCUUCACACAGCGUGGGAGAGAGCUGGGUACAUGGCUGCACCCAACUUCAACAGGUAACAUUCCUGCUUUGUACAACAACCUGUGCUGGACCACUGGACCACCUUCCUACACAGAUACUCAUCUCACCCCACCUGGGCUCUGAAAUAUCCUCUUCAGCCUGCCUGGAUGCCAACAUCUUGCACUAGGCUAUCCCUUUGCAAGAACACUCCCCUCGCCCCACGUGAGCUCUGAAACCUCCUGCUGGGCUGUCCCUCCCACCCUCAAUCCUCAGCCCACCUGGGCCAUCCCAUGCUGGGCCACCCUCUCAGCCUGCUGUGGCUCUGACGCUGAGCUAAGCCGGGCUUCUGUAGGAGUGGCCCUCUCCUCCUGCGUGCUUUUCUGGUGCUCCCAUUCUAUAAAGAUUUAUAUUAUCUGUGAAUAAGCAAAGUGUUUCCUCAAACUAGAGGUCUGUGUAUGUAUUAUUGAUGAUCCAUUGGUAAUAACUUAUUUUUAUUUCAAUGAUGAUCUAAAAAAACUUACAUUAUAAAAUAUAAGCGUAUCUGGGAUGUUCAUUUUACAACCACAUUUAGUGUUGGUGCUUUGUGUUUAAAAUUGUGUUGGUACCACAUUAUUAUUAAUGUGGCAAUAUUUAACUUUUAAAGUGUCGGUAGUCUUUAGAUUGGCAUUUCUGGCAUCAAAAUACAAAAACCAUCUUGAUUUCUGUUUGAUAAAAAUUACAUUGAGUUAUCCUACCAAUUAAAAAGCUAAAACUGCUCUUUUUCAGUGA